AUGGAGGAUGACCCAGAGAGCUUCGAUGGAAUUAGGGCUCACUUUCCCCUUUCUUUCGGCAAAAAAACCAAAUCCCAAAUCUCUACUGAAUCAAUUCACAACGCCACUCGCCGCCCAUCCACAACCACCGUCGUCGAUGACUCACCGUCAUCUAGUUCCCUUCCCACUGACAACAAGAACAACGACACCGUUUUCCCUUCACUAUCCACCUCCUCCAAGUCAUGGUUAAAUUCCCUCCAAAAACCCCCUAAAAAACUCAGUACUGUGAGCGAUGAUGAUGUGGCAAUUGGCCCGCCUCGACCUCCACCGUCUUCUGAUUCUGUUGAUGGAGAAGAUGAUGUGAUGGUUGGGCCUCCUAGGCCCAUGCCAGCUGAUGAUGACGAUGAUGAAGAGGAGGAUGAGGAGCCAAUUAUCGGGCCACCACGGCCGCCGGUGGGUUCGGAUAGCGACAAUGAAUUGUCGGAAGAUGAGGAAGAAAAUCAACACCGUAUACCUCUUAGCAACGAGAUUGUUUUGAAGGGCCACACCAAGGUUGUUUCCGCUCUUGCUAUUGACCAUUCCGGAUCUCGAGUACUUUCCGGAAGCUAUGACUACUCAAUUCGUAUGUACGACUUCCAAGGGAUGAAUGCUCGUUUGGAAUCAUUUCGACAACUUGAACCUUCUGAAGGACACCAAGUUCGUAGUUUAAGUUGGAGUCCUAGCUCUGACCGUUUCUUAUGUGUUACUGGAUCUGCGCAAGCUAAGAUAUAUGAUCGUGAUGGAUUGACACUUGGCGAGUUUGUGAAAGGUGAUAUGUAUAUCCGUGACCUGAAGAAUACAAAAGGCCAUAUAACUGGAUUGACGUGUGGAGAAUGGCAUCCAAAGACGAAAGAGACGAUUUUAACUUCAUCUGAGGAUGGUUCAUUGCGUAUAUGGGAUGUCAAUGACUUUAAAUCCCAAAAGCAGGUUAUAAAACCCAAACUUGCAAGGCCCGGAAGGGUUCCUGUUACCACUUGUGCUUGGGAUCGUGAAGGGAAGUCCAUUGCAGGAGGUAUCGGUGAUGGGUCUAUACAGAUAUGGAGUCUUAAGCCUGGAUGGGGAAGUCGGCCAGACAUUUAUGUUGCCAAUGGUCACUCGGAUGAAAUCACAGGUCUUAAAUUUUCUAGCGAUGGACGGAUAUUACUCUCCAGAAGUUUCGAUGGUUCCUUAAAGGUCUGGGAUUUGCGUCAAAUGAAAACGGCAUUGAAGUCAUUUGAGGACCUUCCAAAUCACUAUGCACAAACGAAUGUGGCAUUUAGUUCUGAUGAGCAGCUUCUAUUGACGGGUACAUCUGUGGAAAGGGAUAGCACAACGGGCGGGUUGCUAUGUUUGUUCGAUAGAGUGAAACUCGAGCUUGUAUCAAAAGUCGGGAUAUCGCCCACAUGUAGUGUGGUGCAAUGUGCUUGGCACCCGAAGCUUAAUCAGAUUUUGGCGACCGCAGGGGAUAAACACCAAGGAGGAACGCACGUAUUAUACGAUCCUACGCUCAGUACUAGAGGCGCUCUUGUUUGUGUUGCUCGUGCACCUCGGAAAAAGUCUAUCGAUGAUUUCCAGGCCGAACCUGUGAUUCACAACCCUCACGCACUUCCGUUAUUUAGAGAUCAACCGAGCCGCAAGCGCCAGCGUGAGAAAAUGUUGAAAGACCCACUCAAGUCUCAUAAGCCCGAAGCCCCAAUGAACGGGCCUGGCUUUGGUGGACGAGUAGGUGUAACCAAGGGAAGCUUAUUGACUCAGUACCUUCUCAAGCAAGGUGGCAUGAUUAAAGAAACGUGGAUGGAUGAAGAUCCAAGAGAAGCUAUUUUGAAGUAUGCCGAUGUGGCCAAAAAAGAUCCAAAAUUCAUCGCUCCAGCUUACGCCGAGACUCAACCCAAAACUCUUUUUGCAAAGUCUGAUUCCGAGGACGAAGAUAAGUGAUCUCGAGACGACUUCUUUGCUGAUUUUAUCAUCCGGGUACGAAUCUUUUUCCCGUUACAAAUUGUGGAAUAGUUGCCUAAACCGAUCUACAUUUAUCCAUUCGUUGUCUAUUAUACACAUUUUAGGGCAUGUCUGUUAGCUGCUUAAUUAGACUAGCUUAUUCGGUAAGUUGAACAUGAUUGUUUGGUAGUGACUUAAUGAUAUAGAAAUCGACUUAUUUCAGUAAGUUUUCAAGGGAUUUUAUGCAGAAAGCCAAGCUUUUUUUUAAAUUUGUCCCUUCCAAUUAAAAAACACGCUCUUUUCAUCUGUAGAAAACCCUCGUAAACAAAAAAAAAUUCUCAAUCUAUACGGACAAACUAAUUCACACAGACAGUUUUAUCCAUACGAGACUUAAUGAAAAACCAACCAAUCAGCUCCUUAGUCGGGAUUACUUGAGAAAUUUUCACUCUCGUGAGAAGACGAGAACAAGUGAAGAUAAUGAGAUACCUUUAGAUUGUGUAAUGUUGGAUCGUUCAUAUAAUGUAAAAGCGUCUUCACAAUUCUCAUGACAAACCUUCACAUAAUAUAACAAUACCUUCACGUUUUCUCACGGAAAAGGGUCGUUUUUAGCGGAACUGAAUCCAUUCAAAUAUUUACUUUCUACAUCUUUUUAUCGUUCA